AUGUCCUCCUCAAAUCAUACUGUGUUUGUCUGUAGCGCGACUGGCUAUCAGGGAGGUGCUCUGGCUAGAAGACUCCGCGAGAUCAGCUGGAAUGUGCAUGCAACUACACGUAACCUGAGUUCAGCUGCCGCCAUAGCUUUGAAGGAUAUGGGUGUGCAUCUUAAUGAGUGCGACUGGGACAACGCUGCUGCUCUCAAGGACAGCAUUAAGGGAUGUGACAAGCUCUUUCUGUGUCUCAUGCCGGACUGGGAUGACCCAAGCCGCGAGCUUCGUCAGUGUCAAAUUAUCCUGCAAAUCGCCAAAGAAGCUGGCGUAAAACAAGUUGUCAGUUCCACUACACUUGGUGUCUCUCAGCUUGAUGCAAACGUGCGCGUCUAUCCCGGGUCCUUCAUGGAAAAACAUAUGCUUAAUAAGAAAGCUAUUGAGAAAGCAGUCGAAGAUCACGGCUUUGAGUAUUUUACCUUCCUGCGUCCAACAUUCUUCAUGGCCAACUUCCUUAAGCCUAAGGUGAAGCGUUACAGUGAAAUCUGUGAUCAUCGUCGCUGGACCACGGCAAUGACAAAUGAGACUCAGCUGCCUAUCCUCGACCAUGUUGACAUUGCCAAAUUUGCCGUAGCCGCAUUCCAAGAUCCUGUCACGUUUUAUGGCCGUGCUAUUGGAUUGGCCAGCGACCAGAUGCGCGUUCAGGAAAUACUGGAUCUGCUUGGUGAAGCAGCAGGCCAACCAGGCUCAAUCCGAGCUAUUUUCUUGACAGAUGAGGAGACUGAGGCUCAGGAUGACGGGACGAGUUUCGCAAGCACACACAAAGUGUUGCGCACUGCUUCAGACUAUGUUGACUUAGACUUGCUUAGAGCUAUUGCGCCAUUGACAACAUUCAAGGAUUUCCUAAAACGCGAGAAAGAAGCAGUGAAACAGACUUAUACUUAG